AUGUCCACUCCUGUCCCGCCCACGCACGUAUACAAAGCCAGUGACCCACCUCAGCUACAUCAAACUUCGAUGGAGGCUCUUCGGGAAUACUUCAUGCGCCUGGAAUACUACAACCGGCGUGUGGCCCAGUCUAGCAACUGCCCUCGCUAUGCCCCUGCUCCCGGAGCGCCCGCCACCUCGUCGACUCCCCUGUCGACCGCUCCCGCCGCUCGCACUCGUCCUGGUAUGGUGGCGGCCAUCCAGAUGUUCCAAGAAACGGGUGAUUCAACCGCGUUUGCUGGCCUCAACAGCGACUCGGAAGACGAUGAUUACUCGUGCGCCCCUCGCUCGUUCCCGCCUUUACCCGUCUCUCUGCGUGGUGCUCAUGGUACCCUCACUGCCUCGGCCCUCGUAGAUUCGGGGUCGCCUCAAACGUUCCUCAGUGAGGACUUCGUUUAG